CAAGCCCCAUCCAACCUGACACUGAACACUGCCAGGGGUGCAGCUGAAAGAGGUGCUGGAGGCUGCCUGCCGAGAGGAGGGGUACUGUGAACAGGUGGAAGUCAUGGGCCAGCUGGGAUGUGGGAGAUAAAAUUACGGCCCACAAAGUGACGCCUUCAAAGCCUGAUCCCUUUGGGAACAAAGCCUGAUCCCUUUGGGAAAGGUGGGUGAUGGAUAUACAAAGCAGAGGCUGCUCCUGGGCAUUGGGAUGGGGCCUGAUGGGAGACACGGACAGGGGAUGUGGAGCCCCAGGAGUGUGCAGGACAGCUGGGUGCAGCUGGUGGGACCUCCUGGUGGCUUCCCAGAGCUGUGGGGCCACUGAGACUGCAGCCCCAGCAACCCUCCCAGUGCCUGCACAGCACUGCUUGAAACCCCAGCAGCCGAGAAACUGGGAUGCAUCGUGGAGGUGUGAGGGGCUAACACGUGGCCAGCCCCCACCUCCCUCAGCUGCUCCUCACCAGGCUUGUGCUCCAGACCCUUCCCCAGCUCCCUUUCCCUUCUCUGAACGUGCUCCAGCCCCUCCACGUCUUUACUUUAGUGAGAGGAGCAGAACUGGACAGAAUGUGGACAUGAACCCUUUGCACCCAUGCAGCAGGGAGGGAUGCAGGUGUGUUUGGCUCUGGGAAGUUCAUCCAGUUCCACCAAACUCCCAUUUCACUAAGCUCAGUAGUGGGGCUGAGCUCUGCACUCCCUCCCCAAAACCCAGCACAGAGCUUUGGCUGCAGCUUGUGGCUCACAUCCCCAAAGUGUUUUUAGGCUGAAAUCCACCAAGCUGGAGAGCUCUGGAGCAGUUUUGGCCCCGCUAGUCCUGACUAAGCAGGUUUGCUUCUGCUCAGGGCCUGAGGUGGAUGCACACGUGGCUGGCGGUGGCCCAGGGCUGUGGCUGGUGGCCCCAGGAGCAGCUGCAUCCACCUCUGCAUGGAAAUGCUGUCUGUGGCCCCUUGGGAGCAGGGAUGGGCCAUCCUGGCUGGCAGAGCUGGGGACAGGCCGGUGCUGAUGGUUUUGGAGAGCCAGGGAAAGGCUUGGCUGCCCUGGGGCUUUCCUGCACACCUCACUGCCCCAGUGGGAUGUGACAAGUGGGGAUGAAAAACAUUGUCAUGGUUCUUAAACAUGCCACAAACUGGGAUUCAUGGGUGCUGCGGCGGCCUCUGCUAAUGGGCUGGGUAACCUGGCUGUCACCUUUUGGAAAAACUGCAGCCCUUUUCCUUAUAAAAUAUCUACAUUGGUCUUUGCUUCAUUGUGACCGAGCUGCUGAGUCAGGAGUGGAAGCUCACGGCUGCCCACCCCUCGUUUAGGACCUUUAUGCCAAAUAACCAAAUGAAAACCUGGAUUUGAACCCCAAAUGCCAGAGGGGAGAUCCGUGUGAGGGAUUUGCUCACCCAGGAAGCAAGGUUGGGUUUCCUGGGCUGCUCUGUGCCUGGACCUGCUGGAGGCUGGUUGUGGUCCCAUACCCAUCUCCAUCUGUCUCUGCUCUGUAGGGAUGGACCUUUCGGCCAACCAGGACGAGGAGGGUGACCAGGAGACCUACCAGCUGGAGAUCAACAAGGACACCAAGAAAUGCGCCUUCCGCACCUACACCGGGAAGUACUGGACCCUCACCUCCAACGGGGGCAUCCAGUCCACCGCCUCCACAAAGAACGCCAGCUGCUACUUUGACAUCGAGUGGUGCGACAAACGCAUCACCCUGAAAGCUGCCAACGGCAAGUACGUGACAGCAAAGAAGAACGGGCAGCUGGCAGCCUCCAUGGAGACAGCGGGCGAGACGGAGCAUUUCGUGAUGAAGCUGAUCAACAGGCCCAUCAUCGUCCUGCGCGGCGAGCACGGCUUCAUCGGCUGCCGCAAGGUCACCGGCACCCUGGACUCCAACCGCUCCUCCUACGACGUCUUCCAGCUGGAGUUCAAUGACGGGGCCUACAACAUCAAGGACACCACUGGGAAGUACUGGAUGGUGGGGAACGAAUCGUCCGUCACCAGCAGCAGCGACACCCCCGUGGACUUCUUUUUUGAGUUCUGCGACUAUAACAAAGUGGCCAUCAAAAUCAAUGGCAAAUACCUGAAGGGCGACCACGCCGGGGUGCUCAAGGCAUCGGCCGACACCAUCGACGCCUCCACCCUCUGGGAAUAUUAAUGCACUUUAGGGUACCUCCUGUUGCCAACUUCUCUUUCCCUUCCUGUCCUCUUUUCCUUUGGGUUCUGUUUCUCCUCUCUGUAACAGGAUUUUCAGACUGGCUUGCCCUUCCCUCCUGCCAUAGAGUUGGUGCGUUAUGUGGGAGGUGGGUCUCCGUAAAUCCCUGUAAGAACUGGAAAAGUGGUGGGGCUGCCUGCCUGUAGCUUUGUAGAGGGGUCUGUCUCUAUCCCCCCAUCCCUGCCUCCCUCCAGGUUUGCUGGGCUUGGAAAUGGCUGUAUCCCCCUCCUGGCCCUGAGCAUCACCUUAGGUAGUUUAUUUUCCUCUCCUCGAUUAUAAAAAGGGAAUAAGAUCACCUCUGUGCUCGCUUCUGCCAUAUCAGCACUGGCACAGCCUCAGACUGUGCUGCCAGUGUCCCUGGAGCAUCCGUCCUGCCCUGCCCUGCUCCAGCCAGGGGUGGAGCGAUGCUGCUGGGCUCAGCUGGCUCAGCUGGCUGGUCCCAGCAGCUUCUCUCCCCUCCUGGAUUGUGGGGCAGGUUCAUCCCCAGCUGAGCUGUAAGAGGUGACCUUUCAUAUCACAGCAUCCCUGGGGAUGGGGCUGGCGUGUGCCAGUGCAUCCCUGUGGAAGGGACAGCAAGCUGCCCCUCCCCCAAACACCUGGAAAUGAUUCUUUAGGGUGAUCCUGUCUGGAAAGCCUCAGCCUUUCAUCUCAUGGAGCCCCGUGCUCCUCCUGUCCCUCCACCCCUCCUUGUGCUUCUGGCUCUGGAGGAGCAUCCCAGACCCUGAUGGUGGGUCCAGCCUGUCCCGAGGCUGGUCCUGCUGCCAUGAGUGGAGGGGAGGGUGUGGGGGACACAGAGCCAGCCCGUGCCAGGGUGGGGGCUUCAUCCAGCCCAUCUCUGGCGGGCUUCAGUCCUGGCAGGAGCCGGGCUGGCCAACGUGAUCUCCCCGGGGCAGUGGCUGGAAGCAUAAACUGCAGAUUUUGGUUUACAGAAUAGAAAAGUUCCUUAGCAAACUUUGCACAGUGAUAUUUGCUCAGUACCUUUGAUGUUGUUUUUUUCUCUCUCGUAAAAUACUGGAAUAGUGAAGUGAAUCACUGAACACCUAAUGCUGAAUUAGGAAGCGUCCGCUCCCGCGGGCACCCCAAGGGGGCAGCUCCCGGUCCCACCACCCCCAGGGCACCUGGGCUGGGCUCUCAUGAAUCACAACCCUACUGGAAAAGGAAAAAAAGAAAAAAAAAGACCAAAACAGUAUUUUUGUUAGUCUCUAUUUAUAUAUGCUCUCCAUGGCACUGUGUGACCAGCUGUUGUCUGUACUAGGUCUGCAUUAGAGUUUAACGCUGUCUGUAACGGGUGAUGCUGCGUGUUCCUUAGGGUGUUGAAAGGCACUUUAUCCUUUGGGGCCUUCCCAGGGCCGGUAUCUGCUCCCUACAAACACACCAAGGAGCCUUUUCCUGCGUGGGCCCCCUCUGGAGAGGGGGAGUGCUGGUCCCACCCCACGCCAAGGGUGCUCUCGGCAUCGCUGCCGUGCCAAACCAGGGCCGGUCCCUUCUGCCGGAGGCCAGGCAGGGGCUUGUCAGCCUUAAAGCCAUGAAGAGGGACUCCCCUCCACAGGAGCUCGGUGCUAAAUUCAGCUGGGAGAGCGAGCAGCUGUCCCCAGGCAGGGGGACAACUCCGGGCUGGGGUCCCUGGCGGGCGCAGGGGAUCCCGGCUGGGACUCUACCUCGGCUCUGCGCUCACACCCAGGGGCUGCCCGCGCCCCCCGGCACCACGUGUCCCCCCAGGAGGGGCUGCCCCUCGAAGGACCGAGUGUCUUGAAGCCCUGUGUGACCCUGUGACUUGGCACACACUCUCGCUGGCCUUCACCCCCUCCCCGUGUCGCCUCCUCCCCAUCCCCGUCACGGUCCCAACCAUGUAAUUCCUGCUCCGGCUUCUCCCGUGUGACACUAGGUCAACAUCUUUCCUGUUUCCUCUUAUUGGGUGUCGUGACUCUCUGAAAACAUCUCACUCUGAAAAUUUAAGUUUUGGGUUUGUUUGUUUUUUUUAUUAUUAUUAUUUUUUUGUAAGUGCCAUUUGUAUAAC